CUUCCUAGCGAGUGUACGGAUUGAAGACUCACCUCAAUGCGAAUGUGGCCUUGGGGAUCAGGAUACGGCCCACGUCCUCAUACGGUGUCCUACCCAUAUAAACCUGCGUAUGGAGACUCUCUGGAAAGAAGCACGCGAAACAGAUUAUCGGAAGCUCCUUAGCGAACCUCAGUGGGUUCGGCAGAGUAUUGAAUUUAUGAUGCGGACUGGUCUAUUGACGCAGUUCCAUCACAGUAACCAUGUUGAUUCGGCUUGGACGGAUCAGCCACUUGACACGUUUGGAAAUAGAACCGGGCACCAAAACAUAAAUAUCACGUCACCCCGCACCGAGAUCCUUCACUCAUUUUGUAUAUAUACACAUUUCCUUUGUUGGUUCGGCGUUCUGUUCGCUCGUUAUCUGUUGUUGGUGGUCUUCGGAUCUGGAUACGGAUACGUGUCGAGACUUUCGCGUGGAGUUGACUAA